AUGUCUGACAAAGUGACUGGAGGGAUUGUCGCUGGCUAUGGAUGUACUCCGCUUAUGUUGGCAUCUCUCCGUGUGGGCAGCUCCGAUAUUAGUGAGGAUGAUGAGGAUGCGGAAGAUUCCUCAGCAAAUAUAAUAACAGAUUUGAUCUAUCAAGGCGCCAACCUGCAGGCCCAAACAGACCGUACUGGGGAGAUGGCACUGCACUUAGCAGCCCGUUAUUCAAGAGCAGAUGCUGCGAAACGUUUGCUGGAUGCUGGUGCGGAUGCUAAUGCACGGGACAACAUGGGACGGACUCCCCUGCAUGCAGCUGUAGCUGCUGAUGCCCAGGGUGUCUUCCAGAUCCUGAUCCGUAACAGAGUGACAGACUUGGAUGCACGGAUGAAUGAUGGAACGACGCCAUUAAUUCUGGCCGCACGGCUGGCUGUGGAAGGAAUGGUGGCUGAGCUAAUUAAUUGCCAGGCAGAUGUGAACGCCGUAGAUGACCACGGUAAAUCUGCUCUUCACUGGGCUGCUGCUGUCAACAACGUGGAAGCAACACUAGUGCUGCUGAAAAAUGGAGCCAAUAGAGACAUGCAGGAUAACAAGGAAGAGACACCACUCUUCCUUGCCGCUCGGGAAGGCAGUUUUGAAGCAGCAAAAAUCUUGCUGGACCAUUUUGCCAAUCGAGACAUCACGGACCACAUGGACCGCCUGCCCCGAGAUGUGGCCCAGGACCGGAUGCACCACGACAUAGUGCAGCUUCUCAAUGAGUACAAUGUAGCGCACAGCCCCGCUGGGCAUCCUGGCGCCAUGCUGAACUCUGCCCUCUCCCCGGUCAUCUGUGGCCCGAAUAGGUCCUUCCUCAAUCUGAAGCACGCUUCGUUAAGCAAGAAGUCACGAAAACCGAAUGCCAAAGGCAUCAUGUCCACAAACCUCACCAAAGAUGCAAAGAGGAGAAGGAAGAAGUCCCUCAGUGAGAGCAAAGGGCAGUUUUCGGAGAGCUCAGUGACCCUGUCACCAGUUGAUUCCCUAGAAUCGCCCCAUGCUUUUGCAUCUGAACCGACAUCAUCCCCUGUGAUGCCAUCGCCAGGGGUGUUACACUCGUCGCCCAGCUCACUGCUGACUGCUCCAUCAGUGCAGGCUGCGCACACGAUGUCCUUCUCCAACCUCCAUGAGAUGCAGCCCUUAGGACGUGGAUCCAGCACCGUGCUCCCGUCCGUCAGCCAGCUGCUUUCACAGCACAGAACCACCCCUCCUAACAGUGGGCUUGGCAGGCUCCGGCCAGCCAACGUUUCCACCGAGUGGAUGAACCGUAUGGAGGUGAACGAGUCCCAGUACAACGAGAUGUUUGGCAUGGUGCCACAGGUGAUGCAUUCACACCCCAGUGUUUCUCAGCAGAGCGGUUUGGUUCAAGCAGAUACAAAGCACAUGGGAGUGUCCAGAGAGUCUCUGCCCCCUAUCAUGACUUUCCAGCUGGUUCCCAAGGGUGGCAUAAACCAGCAAGCACUGCCGCAGCAGGCCCAGUCAAACUGCGCUCAGAACAUGGCUGGUCCUCUUAGCUCCAUGUACCAGAUUCCGGAUUUAACUCAGCUGCCCAGCGCCUCGUUCUCCAUGGCUGCCAUCCCUCAGCAGGACGGGCAGGUGGCUCAGACGGUCCUCCCAGCCUACCACCAGUUCCAGAGCUCGAUGGGGAAGUACCCCACACCUCCGUCACAGCACAGCUGCUACUCCUCGGCCACAGAACGGACUCCUAGCCACAACCGGCACUUACAAGGGGAGCACCCAUACCUGACUCCGUCACCUGAAUCUCCAGAUCAGUGGUCAAGCUCCUCCCCACACUCUGCCUCUGACUGGUCUGAUGUGGCAACCAGUCCCAGUAACAACCAACGCGGGCCAGCGGCCGCUCACAUGACAGAGCAGCAGCGGAGCAACAUGCAGGUGUAUGCCUGAAGGCUGGCCAAGGUGAAGCCCAAUUAAAGUGGACUCCAGAACUCAUGAAGGUCUUCCAGGAUAGAAAUGAAGAACCAUUUUAGUAUCCAAGAGUCUUAAUGAGCCCAGGCUGUUCUUUCCUUGGAGGGACUGUGGUCGCUGUAGGCUUGUAUGCUUUUAUGCUAAACACAGAACUGUAGAAGCUGGUGAUGGAGAAGACCAGCUGGGUCACUUCUAACCAACUCCCGUGCACCUUGGGUGUGAUUGCUGUCUGCACUGGAUUCUCCAGUCUGCUUUUAAUUAUGUUCCACCAUUUCUUUGGGGAGACAGCUCUUCAGCUUAAUGCAUCUCAUGGUCAUUUCUCCAGAAAUUUAGCCAAAACCAGCUUUGUAUCCUUAUUUUGUUACUCCUUUUGUUACCCACGUAACCUCUUUCUGAAGCACCUUCU